ACACACACACACACGCAGUUGUAGCUUUUGUUCUUUUGAAAUUCAAAUACGCUUCCGUUCAGCGCGCUGUGGUUUUCAGUUGGCAAACGAGUGUCGACUUUGCAGUAUCUGCAGUUGCUCUUGCCCCGUAUACGUAUCCGUAUCUGUAUCUGUGUAUCUGUGUCUCUCUCUGUGUAUCUGUAUCUUUUUUGGCUAUUCGUUUGAUUCGCAACAAGCUUUAAAUCGCAAACGCAGCUAAAUUUAUACAAAAAAAAAAAAAAAGUGCUACUCUCCACAAACCAGACAAAGACAAAACGGAACGCAGCAAAAAGACGCCGCGUCCAAAGGAAUAAAAGACUGAGCAACAAAAUAAAUAACAAAAUAAAUAACAAAAAAAAAACAUAAACAAAUCUAAUUAACAAAGCACCAUUAAAGCAAUCUCUAGCAAGCACAACAUAUUGAUCUCAAAACCGAUAAGCAAUAUCAAGCAAUCAAUCAAUCAAUCAAUCAAUCAAACAAUCAAUCAAGCACUCAAUCACAGCCAGCUCCGCUCGCUUUGUAUAAUGUUUAGCAGUCUCGCAACGUUUCUAUUUGGAGCGCAGCCAACGUCCGAGUCAACCAAUCCAAGCCAAGCGAAUCCUGUCCAGACCAACGCCAACGAUUCGGGCAACGAUCAGCCUGUGGGCGAUGUAAUUGAGGUGACCUCAACGACCCCAUCCGUAGCGGGCAACAAUCGUGGCACUGUCCGUCUGAGCAACGGCAAGCGAGGCGGCGCCAAGAAUAGGCGUGGCAGGCAGCGAUACCAGCAGCAGCUCCAACAGCAGCAGCAGCAGCAGCAGCAGGGCGGACAACGCAAGCAGCCGCCGACUCUAACGAAGCUACUGACACCCAACGGCGAGUGCGUCAUCGAGGACGACUUCAACGAGGACGAAUGGUAUAUUGUCGAAAAAGAAGACGAGGAGGACGAUUCGCUGCCGCGCAGCGACUCCGAGGAGGAGCUCUCUGUGUCGAAGGCGGCGCCGAGCGGUAGCGGUGCAGCUGUUACCGCAGCAGCUACAACGCGCCGGCGCCAGCACAUCAAUUCGCAUUCCUUGUACAGCGGACCGCGGCCGCAGCAGCAGCGCAAUCAUUUACAGCGCACGCGUGCCGCACGCACGCUGAGCAUCUCGACCCUCAGCCCGCCCCGAACUGUGCCGGACGACAGCGACAAUGCGGUCAGCCAGUCGCUAUAUGCGCCCGUCGUCGUCGCAGCUGCCGCAAUCUCACCCAGCGGCAGCGAGAGCAGCGGCGGCAAGGGUCUGGGCUCGGGCGUGCUGAUGGAGGAGUCCUGGUACGUAACACCGCCACCAUGCUUCACCUCGAUUGGGCCAAUCAAUAUGGAAGCAUCACCCUUUGAGAAUCUAUUGAUUGAGCAUCCAAGCAUGUCGGUUUAUCAUAGUAUUAGAAGCAGCCAGGCGGGCACCGAAAGUUUUGUUAAUCUUGAUCUCGGCUCAGCGGAGCCAGAGCCAGAGCCAGCUCCGGUCUCAGCUGUGGUCCAGCAGCAGCAGCAGGCGCAGCAGGCGCCGCGGAACCACAACGCAUACUUCGAUCGCCAUGCGGCGGAGAAGUUGAAGCAGCAGACGCUGGCUCGUCAAAGCCAGAAGAGCCACAACAAGAAGCAGCGUCAGCAGCUCUGCCGCAGCGCCAUGAAGCGCGCCAACAAGGUGCGCGACAUUCAGGCCAAGGGUCAGAGGUCGCGCCGCUCCGAUAUGCAGCACUGCAAGCUGCUCAGCGGCGCCAACAACAAUCGCAAGUGCUGCUAGUGGGCGGCAGACACGCCCCCUCCCCCCUCUCCAACCAGCCGCCUCCCAACAAGCAAACUGGCUCUCUUCAAACAAUCAUGGCAAAAGAAAAAAAAUAAAAAUAAUAAAAAAAAAGCGCGCUGGCAACGCGCAAAACUUUUAAUUAGUAUUUUAAAUUGCCAAAAAAAAAAACAGAGAACACAAAAAAUACCAAAACAAAAAAAAACAUUUAAAAACAAAGCCACAAAAAUAUCAAAAUUUUAGCAACUACAAAGAAAAAAAACAUUUAAAUAAAGAGAAAAAAAAAUUAAAAAUUAGAAUUGUGUAAAAAGAAAAAAAAAAAUUUAAAUGCCGUGUAAAUGCGUAGUUUUUAAUGUUCACAGUUUCAAUUUACACUGGAAGAAAAAAGAGAAAACUCAAAAAAAAAAAAUAUAAAAUAAAUACCAAAAAAUGCAAUAAAAAGUUUUCAAAAUGAAUAUGCAAAAAAGAAACAACAAAAAAUGACAAAAGUUUACAGAAACUUACAAAAAAAAACGAAGAGUAUAAAGAAAUGUAUAAAUUAAAACAUUUUACUAACGUAGCCUUAACAAUUAAUUA